AUGUCUGACAGUAGUGACAAGACUUAUGGCUUCACGGCCCUUCCUGCCGACCAAUCGCAAGACAAGCCCAGAACAACUAACCCCGAGGCUGUGGCCAUCUCAUCGCUUCAGCCUCCCAACACUCCGCUCGCCACGCGCGUCGACGGCUACGUCAAGUCCAAGCUCGAUGCUGACACCUACCGCCACAGUCUGCGCGUCUACAGCUACGGCUGCGCCAUAGCAAGGCAGUGCUUUCCGGAGUUUGAACUCACGCCAGGCUCCAAGCUGGACGAGACUUGGUUCUUGACCGCCAUGCUGCAUGACAUUGGCACCUGCGACGAGUUCAUGACGAGUACCCGCCUCAGCUAUGAGUUCUUUGCAGGCGUCCAUGCCUUUGAUCUCCUGCAGAAUCCCAAGAUAUCGGGUGGCGGGGAAGGUGUGGCGCCGCGAGAACAGGCCGAAAGUGUCGUCGAAGCCAUCAUCAGACACCAGGAUGUUCAGGACAAAGGCAAGGUUACUCUGGUCACCAGACUGAUCCACUGGGGCACGCUGUUGGACAACAUUGGCGCCGGGAAGGAGUUGGUACACCCAGACACCAUCAAGAACGUGGUGACCAAGUACCCUCGCCCAGGAUGGAGCGGGUGUUUCAAGAGGACCGUUGAGAAGGAGAAGAAGUACAAACCCUAUGCCAUGGUUAGCCGGAUCGAAGGAUUUGAAGAGCUCAUUGCCAAGAAUGGGGCUUCUGGAGGACUGAUGGCCAAAUAUGACUGA